AGAAGAAGCAGCAGGAAAAGCAAAAUAGGCGCAGCUCGUAAAACCAAACUGUUUAAAACGGAAUAUUUUGCAAAACUAAACGGAAAUAAAGUUAUCCGACCUUCAGGAAAUGCACUAAAGUUCGGGGAAGUCCCCCAUAAGUGAGUUUCAGUAUUUUGAACGAACCUUUCGAGUCCCGAGCCACGAAAAUUCGCCGAUCCAGUAAGAGAUUCUUCGAGAAGUCCGUUCAGCCAAAAAGCCAUCAUGACCAAUCUGGAGAAGCAGCAUGAGAUGGUGAAGCGCAGCCUGGUGCAGUUCAUCAGUGGCCACAUUCCAGGGGCCGACUUCAGCGUGGUGGACGAGAUUGUACUGUCGUACAUCAUCUCGAUUUUGGAGGAGGCCUCGCAGGACCCGUGCUUCGAUGUGGAGGGUUUUGUGGAGAUGAUGGGCGCCUACUUCGAGGAGUUCCCCACCAUUGACCAGGGUAUCAUCUGCGACUGGAUCUACAAGCUGGCCAACGAGCUCACCGAGAUGGAAAAAAGCCAAGGAGACCAUGACAACAUCAACUUGUCGUUCAACUCCUUGAGCCUGUCGAGUAUUAUUCCGGAGUCCAAAUUGCGAGCUCGCAACUCGUCCACUUCUGAAAAGGACGAGCUCUCCUCGAACAGCAGCAGCAGCGGUGGUGGAGGCAACAACAAGCGUUCCCAGCACUUGUCGGAGACCAGCGAUGGAGGUUCCACUGACAGCUCUAGCUCCACUUGCGACUAUUUCUUGGAUGAGACCGAAGUGCUCCAGGAAAUGUUCCCGGAUUCGGCUAUCGCCGAGAUCAAGCAUUGCAUUGCCAUUUCCAAAGGCGACAUCGAUAGCGCAACUCAGAUCCUCUUGCAUCGCCAAGAGACCAACCAAUGUAUUACUGACAAGUCCCAUACUACAUACAUCAAGAAGAAUGUUGUAGUUGACGACAACGAGCUCAAAAAUCGCAUCAUUGCCAGGUACUCUUAUGUCGACAAGAACGCUACCCAGCGUGAGUACAAGCCUGUGGUGCCGAAGAUGGAGCCGCGCAAACUGGUCCGCUACCGGGACAAUAAGAUCGUAUCGCUCAAGGGCGAGCGGUACACCGAGAUCAAGCGUGACGAAGAUGCUGAGUUAAAAAAACCCAAGAAGCAGAUUCAACCUAACUUAUCCGCACCCACGACACCGAUCUCCGCCAGCGGCAGUAGCUGCAGUUCCGCCGGCAGCAGCAGCAGCCAUCCCGUAAACGGUCAAAGUUUAUGCAAUCAGAUGCAUAUUGUUGGGCUGACCGCCACCAAACGCCAUUUUAGCACACAUCCCAACUCCAUACUAGUGAUUCCCGCCAAGCUUAGCCAACGUUUAGAUGCUUCCCAACACGACGACGACGAUGAGGUGCGAGAGUUCAGAUAUAAAGACGAGCCCCCGAGCACUGCGAAUCGGUUCCCAUAUCCGGGUGAGUAUGGCCACGAGUUUGUGGCAUCGGCCGGCAUGCUGGUUCUUCUGUUGCUAGUGGGCCAUUGCCAUUGGACCUCGACCUCUCCCUCUCAUCGCGCCCAUCCCCAUGACAAAGACAGAAAGACUUUACAUACCAAAUUAGUUGAUAGUUAUGCUUUAGGACUACUACUCGCUUAUGCAAAUUUUGAGAGCUCAUCCGCCGUGGUGGCCACCUGCUUAUGAGUCCCGUUGCCGGGAGCAGGGGGCCCGGAUGGAUCUGGAUUUGGAUCCGAAUCCGAAUCCAUAUCCGUUGCCAGUUGUCGAUUAUGACGACUGGGGUCGCGCCUGCGCUGUGACUUUUCCUUAGUUCCUUACGCAAGCGAAUUUGAAUCGAACCGUAUCUGUGAAAAUCGUGAAUCUCAAACUCUUUAAUGUCCUCGAACAGUAUUGUUAAACCUUCUUUGAACCCAAGGAUCAGACGCAGGUGCGACAACCAACCCGAAUUUGGCGCUCAAAUAGACUUAUUUAGACGUUUUUAGGUACUCGAAUUGAUGAAUUUUGUUGGCCGUGUGCGUGUUUCAGAAACGCAGCUGCACAAGAAACUUGCCAUAUCUGUUUAAGAUUUGUUAAACCAUUUUGUAUCGUGUAACACGUUUUGUUUCCCCUUGGUCCAAGCAAACUAGCAACAGUAAUCUAGCAACAAUGCCACCAAAGCCAAAUGCAACACAAACUAGUCCUCACCGCUCACUGGGAUAUCUGAAACCCAUAACAAUUCGGAUACUGCUCGGAGUAAGACAGCAAUACUAACAAUAAUCUAAACGUAUUCAGCAUAAACACAUGUAUGAACUAAUCGAAUAAUCAACUAUUUAUAUAGCGUAGCCUAGCCCCAAAUCCUUCCCAAUGAUUGUAACGAUUGUAACCUACAAUAUCAUGGCAAUACCACGCCCGAUUCAUGUUAGAUUUAAGCAUCCAGGAUAUUGUUCGGCAGCUUUGAAUUUGUCACUUUUUUUUUGAGACAAAAGAUAUAUACGUUUUAUCAAUUCCUAUAAUUUUCAUGAAUUAGCCUAGGUUUUAAGCCCUGACCACCGCUUUAUGAUUACGUAACCAAUUGCAUUUUAAGCACCUCGAGUUUUCUGAUUUUAGUUCAGCACUACACGAUCGGUGUUUCGACCAUCAUAUAUGUAUGUAUCUUCGUAUUUAUGUUCACCUGGUUUCGGUUUUUGAUAUUUACAUCUUAUAUAUUUUUAGUUUUAUAUAUUAUUUUUGUGAUAUUAGCGUAAAAAUCAACUAAAUGAAAAGGCAAAACACUCGAAUUAAACUUUUGAAAUUAUUAAAUAAACUAUCAAUAUUUAACGCAUAA